AUGCUCCAAGGAAGUCCCACUGAAAUGAAUGAGGUUCCUGGCAGAGACAUAUCCAAUGUGAGUGUGGACAAGCAUGACCCAAGUAACAGAGUAAAUAGCAUCAUCGCUACUGAUGUUUUGGAGGAACCGAUGAAUAUCCAGGAGUGCUAUCAGAAAAUGAAGGGUGUCAUAUCAGGUGAUGAACCCCAGCCAGAUAAGGCCCUGGGCUUGAUAAAGGAUGAAUUUGUAGUUACUCUUAAAGACAUAGCUUUGUCAUAACAUGGCAGCAAAAAAAGAAUGAAUUUAUUCCUAAAUGCUACAGACACUGAUGAAAUACCAAACAAAAAGGAAGAAGGGACUUCACUAGGACCAGAAGGUGCUGAAAGAGCCAGUGCAUUGGCUAGAAUCAAGUACAAGUCUUACUCUGUGGUUGUUGGGGCCUCCAAAUCCAGAAGACAUCAUCAAGUAAAAUUAGAAUCUUCUGAAUCAGGACUGGAUUAUUGGAAAUCUCCAAAAAAAGCCAACAAUAUAAGACCACAGCCAACAAGGAGAAGAAAUUCUGUGGAAGACAAAGGUGAGAUGCAAACAGUAAAGAAAACUGUUACUCAGCACAUCGGGAUGCCUAUAAUCACAGAAGAUAAUUCAGAUGAAGAAGAAAUAUAUUUUCCCAAGAGGAGAAGAAGGUCGAGGAUCCAUCUGGAGGAGCACUGA